UUCCCGUGUAACUAAAGGAGGGCCAUCAGAAGAAGCAGGCAUCCAUGUUGGAGAUAGACUGUUGGAGGUCAAUGGCUGCAGCAUGCAGGGCGUGACCCACCACGAGGCAGUCAGCGCCCUGAGGAAUGCUGGGAGCUACAUCAGAAUGAAAGUACUGAGAGAAAAGCUGCUGCUGCUGCAAGAGGCCUGGGUCCUGGACCACGCUCACGAUCCACAGGAUGUGACGAGCCAGCCGCCGCCGUGCAGCCACGAGCAUGUAGACCAAAGAAGCCUGCAGCUGAGGAUGGACAGCUCCACUGUAUGGCUGUCUCAGAAGACUGAAGCGGUUGUCUGCAAUGGCAACAGCAUUAAUGACAAGAACCGGACUUUUUCUGAAAAGAAACCAGAGGCCUUGAUGAAAAAUGAUGCAGCUCAAGCGGGGAACCAGACCAUGACAAUUCCGCGGAUCAUCCUAACACAUCCGUCUACCUCAGAUGAUGAUGUGGAACUCUUGACACACAGUCCCAGCAGAGAGCGCUUCCAUGGCCUGAUGCUGCUGACAGACACAGUCACAAAGCACUUGUACCUUCCUUAA